AUGAGGAAAAUAUGUCCGGGUUGGUCAUAUACUUCCAAUCACGCUUCUGACAGCAGUGGUCGCGUGAUCCUUAUCUGGAAUAACCCGGUCUCCGUCCAGGUCCUUCACCAGUCUGGAUACACUAUCACUUGUGAAGUCAGCCUUCCCCCUGCCACCAAAUUCAUUCACACAGCAGUGUAUGCUCCUAACACCCAAUCUGAAAGGUGUGAUCUUUGGGUGGACCUGAUCUCUAUCCAGCAAAACUUCUCUCUAGACAAUCAUCCUUGGGUUGUGGGAGGCGAUUUAAAUCAAAUUCUGCACCAUACAGAGCAGUCAUCGCCUACUGUAAAUUAUCUCUCCACUGGUAUGAUUGAGCUUCGAGAUUGCUUGCUCCAAACGGGUCUCUUUGAUCUUCGUUACUAUGGUUUAACAAACAUCUGGAGUAAUAAACGCCCUGAAGAGCCAAUAGCCGAAAAGCUUGAUAGGCUGCUUGUAAACCAGACCUGGAUCUCUGCCUACCCUAACAGCUCUGCUUUCUUCCUUCCCCCAGCCUUUUCUGACCAUAGCCCUUGUAUCCUUGACCUAUCCAUUCCCCUACCCAUUGCGGGUACCAAACCUUUCAAAUUCUAUAACUAUCUGUCUAAGCACCCAAAAUUCCUUUCACUGGUGUCGGAUUACUGGAUUCAGGCCGAAGGCAUUGCUUCUAAUCUUGGAGACCUCAGCUGGAAAUUUAAAAAUCUGAGAGGAGUUCUUAAAGAAUUAAACAGAGCAAAUUUUUCAAAUAUUCAAGAACAAGCUUUGCAAAAUCCUACCCAUGAUCUCUUCCUUAAGGAGAAGGAAAUCCAUGAUAAGUGGCUUUUUCUACGAUCAAUUGAAGAAGCUUACUUCAGAAUUUGGAAAGUCCCAACUGCCAUCUACUCGAUCCGCUCAUUCCUUCUCCCUUCUGGACUGCUACUUAUUGACCCGGUCGCAAUGGGAGAACUUGCAGUAAACCAUUUCAAAGGCAUUUUAGCUCUUGCUAUCCUGCCUGCCUCGAUCUCCACUCCUCAAUGGUUCAUCUCCCUCUCGUCUUUUGCUUGCUCACCUGAUCAGAGAUUGGCCUUAGAUUCAGUUCCAUCGCUAGAAGAUUUAUCUAAAGCUAUAUUAAAUCUGAAUCCAAAUAAAGCUCCUGGUCCCGACGGUCUUUCCUCCGGAUUCUUCAAAUCGGCUUGGUCAAUUGUGGGAGAAGAUGUCGUCUCCUCUCUAGCUACCUUCUUCAGGACAGGCUUCCUUCCCACCAGUGUCAACGCCACCAUCCUCACCCUCAUAUCGAAGCAUCCUGGUGCAUCCGCUAUCACCGACUAUCGGCCCAUCUCAUGCUGUACAACUCUCUACAAGGCAAUCUCAAAAAUCCUAGUCUCCAAGCUAAAGCAGAUACUUCCUAAGCUGAUCCUCCCCAAUCAAACCGCAUUCAUCCAAGGACGGUUGCUGGUUGAAAAUACGAUUCUGGCCACUGAGCUUGUUGACGGUUAUCAAAAGAACAAAGGACCUCCCCGUAUAACUCUCAAAGUAGACAUUGCUAAAGCGGCUCCCCUCCACGUACCUUCACUGGCUAAGGAGCUGUGUGUGUACCCCAUCCUUCUCGGUUGGAUACAAUGGCACAAUUCAAGGUUUCUUAAAGGAAAGCGGGGAUUGAGACAAGGAGAUCCUCUGUCUCCUUAUCUCUUUGUCAUAGCGAAGAACUGGUUGUCCUUGAUGCUCAAUAAAGGAGCUGAGAAUGGCGUCUUUGGAUACCAUGAGAAAUGCAAAUUCUCAAAGCUUACUCAUCUCUGUUUUGCUGAUGACCUUCUCAUUUUCACAGAUGGUAAGCUGAGCUCUGUCCAAGGAGUUCUCUCAACCCUCAAUGAAUUUGCAGCUCACUCCGGUCUUACAGCCAGUAUCCAGAAAAGCUCCUUCGUGUCUUCGGGUUUGUCUCAAGACCAAAUCGACCUUAUUGGAGCUACCAUGGGCCUUACUCAUGGUUCUUUACCAGUCAGGUAUCUUGGCAUCCCCCUCUGUUCCCAGAAGCUCUCCCUCCAUAACUGCGCUCCUCUCCUCCAGCACAUCAAAGACAAAGUUAACUCUUGGAGUACUCGCUCCCUCUCAUUCGCUGGACGGCUCCUUCUACUCAACACUGUGAUAGCGGGGAUCACUAACUUCUGGUCCUCCACUUUCGUCUUGCCAAAAGCAUGUAUCUCAAAGAUUAACUCUCUCUGUGGAGCGUUUUUAUGGCAUGGCAGCGCUGAAGGAAGCCACUCGGCGAGGGUCUCAUGGGAAACCGUUACUCUGGCAAAGGAAGAAGGUGGCUUGGGGUGCCGGGACCUUGUUGCUUGGAAUAAAGCAUGUUCCCUUAAGCUCAUAUGGCUCCUGUUUUCAAAAUCAGGAUCAAUCUGGGUCACGUGGUAUAAGGCUGAAGUUCUCAAAGGAUCGCUCAGCAACUUCUGGAUCACUAAGGAGAAGAAAAAAUAUUCUUGGUUCACCAAUAAACUGCUCAAGCUUGGAAGCAUUGCUUAUGAUUGGAUCACUGUGAAGGUUGGUAAUGGAAGAAAAGUCAGAUUUUGGACGGAUAAUUGGUCACCCGUUGGGAGUAUCCACAAAUUAUUGGUCCCUGUUACAGCGAACUCGAUGGGAAUCCCCAUAUCAGCUACACUCUAUGAUCUGUUUGUCAGGGAUCGCUGGAAUAUAAGACCGGCCCGCUCUGAUCGCCAAGUUCAAAUUCAAGCAUUUUUAUCUUCGGUUGCUCUGUCUCAGCUCCCUGAUGAAUAUGAGUGGACAAUAGAAGGUAAAGUUUGGCUUAAAUAUCAGACUGGAACAAUCUAUAAACUCCUGAAAAAUCAUGCGCAAACUGUACCUUGGAAAGGAGCUAUUUGGAAUUCUGGUGGUGUGCCCCGGCAUAGCUUCCACGCCUGGCUCGUCACCCUAAAUAGACUACCGACCCGCGACAGACUUCUCUCUUGGGGACUUGCUGUUCCUGCAACUUGUCUACUCUUCAAUCAAGGAGACGAAUCAAGGGACCACUUGUUCUUCUCUUGCUCAUUCUCCUCUGAACUUUGGAUCCAUCAUGCUCGACGGACUGAGACAACCCCAUCUACUGGCUGGAACGAUUCUCUUAAUCAUAUGCAAUCACUACCAGGACCUCCUUGGCGCAGGAAGCUUCAACUGAUUGUAUGGCAAGCUGUAAUCUACUCUAUUUGGCAAGAAAGGAACGCUCGACUUCACCGUAACACUGGAAAAACCAUCAAUACCAUCUCUUCCAUACUGGACAGAACGAUUCGAAAUAAGAUCCAUGGCUUCAGAGACUCAAACCCAAUCGGAGCUUCUCAGAUGAUUCAGCUAUGGUUUGCAACUGCUCCAUCACCAUAUCCUCCAAACCCUCCUCUACCACUUCUGCAAUCAACCGACUAA